GUGAUUCUUAUCCUCAUAAAGUCAUGCAUUAGCUGAGCAGAAGGAUGCACUUAAACGAGAGCAGGCAGCUCAUCUGAUUGCAAUAUCUGAUCUUGAGAAGAGGGAGGAAGAUCUAAAGAAGGCAUUGGGUGUGGAGAAACAGUGUGUUAAAGAUCUGAUUCAAAAUCUUUAGAAGUUGAAGCGAAACUGCGUGCGGCUGACGUUAAGUAUGCAGAGGCAAGCAGAAAGAGCUCUGAAAUAGAGAGAAAAUUACAAGAUUUAGAAAGUCGAGAAAGUGCUCUUCGAAGGGAGCGAUUGUCUUUUAACUCAGAGAAAGACGCGCAUGAUGCUACUUUGUCUAAACAAAGAGAAGACUUGCUGGAAUGGGAGAGGAAGUUACAAGAAGGAGAAGCUCGGAGAAUCCUUAAUCAAAGGGAAGAGAGAGCCAAUGAAAUUGAUAAGGGCUGCAACCAAAAAGAGUUAGAACUGGCUGAGGUACAAAAGAAGAUAGAUAAAGCUAAUAUGGUUUAUGCUGGUUAUAGAGUUGCCACAGGCGCAGCUGUAAAAAUAGCAUCUGAUGCAAGUAAAGGUAAUGGUGAAGAAGAUGGACAAAAGGAGAUUCUAGAUGGAAAUUCAAAACCUGGGCCCUCACAUUCAGCCGGAGUCGCUAGUGAAGAUGGUGCAACGAGUAUAAACUUGAUGGAGGUUCAGGUUGAGGAGACAAACAUAUACACUACUCCUGUACCUAAAAUGAAGGUCAAAAGCAUUGUGCAGAGUGAAGAGGUAAAUGGAACUCCUGAUAGACAUGGUGAGUAUGGUGAUGAAGAUGGUAGUAUUGCGGAGGAAGAGGAUGAUGAUGACGAUGAUGAUGAAGAGGCUGAGCAUCCAGGUGAAGCUUCAAUAGGAAAGAAGCUGUGGAAAUUCUUGACUACAUGAUGGCACAUAUAGAAGCAUCAAUUAUCAGCUGAUUCAGCGUUUGUUCUUCAAUUUCGUCACCAUUGAUUAUUAUCCCCUCAAUUCUUCCAUUCGGGAAUGUCCAUGUACUUGUGUAUUAGCAUAUUGAACCUAGAGUUGUGAGCCACGGAAUCUCUAUACAAAGUUUUAGGAAGAGUUCCGUUUAGUCUGUGUCUUGUGCUUUCUGGUAGGAGUAAUGGGAUGUCUUCUGUCUAUUAUUUACAGAAGCUUAGACGAGUGUAGUCGUGGGCCUGUGCGUUUUUUUUACGCAGGACUUAGCUUACCACAUUUUUUAGUGAAUUUCAAAUUUGUUUGUAUCAUUGGUUUGGAGAUGAUUGAAAUCUUUUGCUCAUUUUGUAUU